AUGGGAUUUCAUGUGUUUGAAUCAACUGUACCACCUCCCCCUUUGCCCGAUAAUAAAGUAAGACGCGGUUAUUACACGCGUAGUAUACUUUGUGAUGCUGUUAAGCAGGUAAUGCUCGGAAUAAUGACGGUCACUCAGGCUUCUCGACACUAUAAAAUUCCUCGUACAACUAUCCAGAAACAUUUUAGCAAAGCUCGUGAGCAACACAACCUCAAAGAAAUGUAUAUCCGAAGGAUGCAAGCUGCUGAAAAAGGCUUGGUCGGUCGAGUGCCUGAGAGUGAUCUUCAGCGAAGGUUAGCGGAUCACGGAACGGCGUGCCUUAUUUCACACGGAGUGGAGGUGUGGCCAAACAGUUCUGAGGAGUCACCAGCAUCCGUUCACUGGCGGCAGCAGCCUGUCAAAAUCGAACCAUCGCAAGAAGGUUACUUUGUCCAGGAAGGUCAAACAUACUCAUAUGAAAGCGAGAUAGCUGUAGCUGAACAGUGCGAGGUUGCGAGUGAAGAUGUGGAACAUCUCCAAACUUCAAUACCUACUUGUGAGUCAGAAACAAUUAGGAAACCAUCAAAUCCACGUCAGUUUGAGAUUUGA